AUGUUACAGGUGUCCGAUCUUUAUGACCAAUAUCAGCUAUCAGAUAAGAUGGAGUUUGUUUUAUGGUUGGAAACGCUGGGAUUAUCCUACGACGCAGCUAAGUUAGUAUUCAAGGAAAUGUAUAAUCUCGAACGCCGGAUUGAAGGUGAUUACCAACUCCAGAUUGACGAUGAUGAUUCCAUACUCCAGACUACAGAUGAUGACUCCGAACCUCAGAGUGAAGAUGAUUAG